CUCCCGCAUUCACUCGAGCCCACAGAGGUUCAGGUCAAUGUCGGCCAUCUUUGAGUCGAUCUUCUUGUCGAUUCGUCUCUUCCGCCUCUCCAGGAAGGCAUCGAUGCCCUCCGUCUCCUUGAGCGACACCCUGUCCAGCGCCUUGGCGUUCCCCUGCAGCCACAGCUCGUUCAGCCGGCUGUCCCGCAGCACCUCGGGCGGCACACUCGCGAUCUUGUUGUGGCUGACAUCCAACUUGACCAGCCGGGCCAUCUCGCUGAAGGCCACAGGCAGCCUCCUGAGAGCAUUGUGCGAGAGAUUCAGCCGCAUCAGAGCGGGCAUAGAGAAGAAAGAGGGGUAGGGGAGAGCGUCCUCGGUCAGCCGAUUGUGCGAUAGAUCCAGGUCCUCCAGGGCAGCGAGUGCGUCGAUCCCACUCGGGAGGGAGUCUAUAAGGUUGUGUGACGCGUUGAGGUCUCUCAGCUUCGUCAGGGCGCAUAUCGACUCGGGCAAAGCUGUGAGCCGGUUGCUGCUGAUGUUGAGGUGCAAGAGGCUCGGCAAUAGCAUAGAGGCCGACGGCAGCUCGUGCAGGCUGUUCCGGUGCAGAUUGAGCUUCUGCAGCUUCCCCAUGUGUGUGAAGAGCCAGGCUGGCACCGACGUGAGCCGGUUGGACGAGAGGUCGGCGUGCCGCAAACCCGUCAGCUGCUCAACUGCUAUGGGCACGGCCGUCAAUGACAUAUCCUGCAGCAACCAGAGAGAAACGCAUCCACUCAUAGCAGAGAACUGAGAGCCCCGCUCUCUCACCAUGAGUGCGAGCACUCCGGAUGCCUCUGCCCUCUUGAUCACGGCCGAUGCCGUCCGCCCCUUUCUGGCCCUCACUGGCGGUGCGCCUCUCUCACCGGCAGCAUCGGCAGCGACAAGGGCACUGUCGUCGGUGGAGCAGCUGCAACCCAUUGGUGCCGCUCGAUGAAAGGACAGCUGGAUCUCUCUGACCAAGCUGAGAUCUCCAACGGCCUCUGCUCAGUCUCCGACUGCUUCUGCC